GCGACCCCUUCAGAGAAGAGUAGACGACCGGCCAGAGUGGAUCUAAAAGAACAUCGGACGGAAACCUAGCUCACACAAAAGACACGCUACCGGAUUUUGUUCAUACACAUCAUGUGCCACUACUGACAUGCACAGCAGAUCCCAUGGAACCGCAGUGACCACAGAAGCGAGCGCAGGACGUCCGCGGCCGCAGCCGAGCGAGAGCCGCACAGAGCAACACGGCUCCGGCGUCUGCUGGCAAGACAUCGAAGCAGGCGAUUUAGGAGGAGCACCCGCAGCGGGCGCGCUGCGCUCGCCGUCCCGCCGCCGGAGCACCAUCUCCCCCCUCCUCUCCCCGGAGCGCCGCGGCGUGUUUGAGACCAGAACCAUCUUUCACUUUCCGUUCCGGCGAUCGUCCAGCGGAUACUUCUCCGGCGAGGGAGAAUCUCUGCCGAGCUCGCCGCUCUCGACGCGCGUCUCCGCCUUCACUCAGACGCCCAGCCCCUCGGCCCAGGCGCUGGAGCACGCCCUGGUGCGCGUCGCUGAGGAGGCGCGUUACCGGAGGGUGACGCUGCAGGGAAGUUCUGCCUGGCGUCCGAGCGCCAGGCUCGGACCGGCAGCUGGGGACAUGCAGGCCGUGGAGGUCGGACAGGAGCUUCGACGCAUCGGAGAUGACUACAACGACUACAUACUGAGGGGAGCGGCACGUAGAGGGGCAGCAGCCCUUCAGAACCAGUUGCCGGUGCUGCCCAUUCACCAGGAACCCGCCUUCCUCCUCUGCAUGGGCGUCCUGCUUCUCGUGAUCGUAUGGUACUUUGGCGAAGACCCCAACGGCCAGCCGCACCACCCUCAGGGAAGUGGACACUUUGAGGAACUCUAAAAACGUCUGGAAUUUCCACUUUUUCCCCUCUCGUCUCUGAGCCUUUGCCGUGAAACCAGAGUUGGGAAUUUGCACUCCCAUCCAGAACGCAAACAAACCCCUCAGCCCCGCCCCCGGAAGAUGACGCCUGUGGAAAUCCAAACGUGCCUUGUACAUUCUCCUGCUAAUUCCUUUUGGUUUACUUGUCUGAGAUAUUGUUGUUGAACAGAAAGGUAACAGUCAACUCUGCAGACACAGGGUUGUUAAAUGUGUGGGUCCAUGAAUUCCCAAGAUGAAAGGGACCUUUAAAACUCCUUGUCACAGCUCAAAAGCCGCGGUUUCUACGAUGUUUUCUGUCAGUUUUUGACCCAUUUUUGAACAUAUCGCAUCUCUUUCAAGGAGGCUUUCCCAGUUUCCCAAUUUCGAGGGAACAACACGCCAAUGGAGUUAGCAAAUCCAGUCUCCUGCCCUACAAAACUAGACCAACUUACAGCAUUUCCCAAACUUAACUCCUGUAGGUGUCCUGAUUUGCCCAGAUUUAAACUUUUAACAUGCCGACAGAGUUGGCCCACCCCUUGGACACCCUAAAAAAGAUGCUAAAGCGUCUCAUGUUUAGAACAAACAAGGUCUUCCCUGGUGUGUAAAUAUGAACUUAUGAAUGAAAAUCUUAUCCACUAUGCAAAACAUUCAUCUCGAAGAGAUGUCGGUGUUUGUGUAACCACUAGAGCCGAAUCAAGCGACCACUUUUUGUCCCGUUUAGGGCCUAGACUGCUUUCUAGGACAUCGCCUUCUCCGUUCACGGUUUCAGCAUAAGUAUCGUCGUCGUCAUCAUCUGUCAGACAUCCGUCUCCAUCCGUUCAUUAGCAAGUCUGUGCUCGCCUGCCGUUUUUUCAAACACUCCCAGAAAAUGACAGAUUUCUGAGCAGCAAAUGAAUGGUUAGCUAAUAUGCCAGCUAGCAUGCUACAAAUACAUUGAUUGUUCGCUAGAGUCAGUUGUCCAAAUAAGAUACAUACUUGCUUCAAGUUGCCACUUUCACUUCAAGUUACUGAAAGACUAAAACAUAGGAAACUAGAAUUAAGCCUCUAAAGGAAAGUCCGUUCGCAUAUUGCUGACAUCAUGCUGUAGCGAGGCUAACUGAAACUAGCAUAGAUGUUACGGUAUUACUUUUACAACUAUUCUAUCUUAACGCCAUAGGAAAUACAUCUGCUGUUUUCAAUUCUAUAUCGUAUGUCAAGUAAAGCUAACAAAUCCCCUUUUUUUUUUUGUCAAAACGUGACUCAAAUCAUUUCAAGUACUAAAAAUAAAUCUGAUAAUUAAUACCAAUGCUUAGUCAUGGUUUCAUAGCGGUUGCUGCACCUCCCACGCAGGGUUUUAAAACUCAGAUGAGCAUGUUGGUGCGGCAUCCAUGGAGGAUAUUUGCACAGUUGUGUCAACAUGUACCGCGUCACAGUUUACAUGACUUUGUCCCUGAACUUGGUAGCGUCGUUUCACGACAUUGUGACUGGUACGACGUUGGGUUAAGCGGCGCCGACUACAAAUAUUCACGGGAGCGAAAGAGUAGGAAGAAAUGAACGAAACUUGUUUUCAGUUUUCCAACCUCCACCGAGGGAAUCCGAAUUCAAAUCAGCACACCUUCAUACAUUACAUAAGAACUGUUACUACGUCUUAAGAAUCGGUCCCAAAAGACAUUUUCGAUGCAACUCUUCCAACUCACUCGCAAACAAUCGAAAUAUUUUUGAAUCAUCUUAGCGAUUAUGUCCCCCCGAGCCAAACCUUGUCAGUCUGUAGUCGUGCGUUAUUACUUUUUUUUUAAUGAAAAACACAAUUUUGUCACAACAAUUCCAAGUUACUAGCAAAUAAAGGACAGAAUGCUUUUAUGAUUAAUUAAGAGUACGUCUUUUUCUGAGCCACACCGUGAAAAACGUUACCUUCCAAGUUACAAGCAGACAAUCCACACAAUUUGAAUUAAGCCAUCAUUAUGCCCUACACUGAAGUACACCUGCUUCAUCUAGUCAUGCAUUUAAUCAAAUAUUUAUUUUCAUCGGUUUUCAUACAAAAACAAUACACAUUUUUCUAUGUGACCCAUCCUCAGGCUGACCAACAAACCACCACUUCACUCUUUGUAGACUCUGACGGCAUGUGGUGCCCUGUGAAAACUUAAGACCUCACGUCUUACUUACUAACUAUGGUUAGGUCUUACGGCAGGGAGCAAAAAGCACAGCGACCAAUGAGCCGUCUUGUGUGUGACAUUCAGGGUUUUACGCAAUUUGCUAAACACAGCUGGAGGGUUUUUUUUGUAUUUUGUUUUGCCUUCAAAGUGAAUGACUAUAUUGGAGAUUUGAAACAUUUCUUCAAUGGGACUACAAAUAACGAGGGGAACUAAGUAUGCGGGUGACUCUGAAUGACCCAGUGCGACUGUAGCAGCAGCAUGUGUCUUGUUAUUAUUUUAUUAUAGGUCUGUUUAUACUAUGACACACUGAAGUAGUAAUUGUAUUGUCUCAUUGCCUUUUGUAAAUAAACUUUUUUCAUCUUUC